CCAAUAGAAACCUUGAUAGGGAUGGUAGACCUAUAGACCUAUCUUUCUUCCACCCUUCACCGAACGAUCACGCGUUCCGCCUUUAGCCGACCACAACAUUAUUUCCUGAGCUUGGCUUUUUCUUUGGCAGAAAGCCCAUCGUUUCGAUACCUCUUACGCAACCUUGCAUUCCACUGCAGAAAAGUGGAGAAUCUACCCCGUCCCAUUCUUCGUUGAGGGACUGUCCAAGACAUUACGUGUAAUACAGGUUCACGCAGGAGCUUGCCAUUUGUGACCCGAAUCUCCCUCCCAACGACCCGCCACCCUUCAUAUCAACCAGUCCUUACGCGUACAGGACGUCGAAUCCAAUAAGUUAUCGGACUACGUCGGAAUACUAGUCGUGGAAGGUCUGCCGAAGGACGUCUUCGAAAGCAGUCCUUGACCGCGGUCCCUUUGCUACUUGCUGGGUCGGGUCAUGGACUUCACGACCAUCCUGAACAGGAAAAACUCCGCAGCCGCCGCCGCCGCCGCCGAAGCGCAGUUACAACAACAGUACUUUCAACAGAGUGCACAGUUACACACCGGAGCUUCGCCCACCAUGAAGAGCGAAUCAGGUGGCUCGGACAACCCUGUCAACGCAUACCCUCCUCACGGCCCUCCGCCCAUGCAAAUGGAUGGCGGACUUGCCGAUUCCUUCUAUUAUGCACAGCCCACGGGUUCAACCCCUCGAAACAUGGCCUAUGCCCCCGCGGGAUACGCUGGCGAUCCCCAGAUGCAGCAGGAGCCUGUCCCACAGGGAAGAGCCGGAAUCGAACCACCGCCAAAGACUUUCCACUGCUCAACCUGUAACAAGGGCUUCGCACGGCGCAGUGACCUUGCCCGACAUGAGCGUAUUCAUACCGGAGUUAGACCCCAUGCUUGCGAGUGGCCAGGAUGUGGAAAGCAGUUUAUCCAACGCUCGGCUUUGACAGUACAUUCUCGUGUACACACCGGAGAGAAGCCCCAUAUGUGUGAGAGAUGUGGCAAGCCCUUUAGCGACUCGUCUUCGCUGGCCAGGCACCGCCGCAUUCACUCUGGCAAGCGGCCCUACAAAUGCCCGUAUGCCAACUGCCAGAAGACCUUCACGCGCCGUACGACGUUGACACGCCACCAAAAUCACCACACUGGGACCAUUGAAGAAGCCGCUGCUGAAACAGAGGCCCAGUUGCGGCAAAAUAAGGAUCGUGGACGCCCUGGCGAGGGAAUGUUUUCCGAGCACGCUUCCAUCCAUUCUACGCCGUCACCCGCGCAACACCCGUCCAUGUCACCUGGUGGUGAGCUCCCGCCGCUGAACAUGCAUCGCUCUGCCGGCGACUACUAUAUGGGCACCGGUCCUAUCCCGCCUCAUGCAGCCCCCCGGGCUUCCCCGACUGCGACCUCUCCUUCGCUGUCCAGCUACGGCAGUGCGCCUCACACCCGGCCAUCUAUGACCUCGCAUCCAUAUGCUCCGCCUCAACCUCUUGAGCCCCCGGCAAACAGUGAUCACCGCCCUAAUAGCGUGAACGGCAGCCCACACAUGACCAGUCUUGGAUGGGCCUCGCCAUCUCACGGUAGCAUGCCGUCGCCCGGAUCAGCCAACGACUUCACUUACCCUGAACCCACUGGCCCCGCGUACCCGACAUCGAUGCCGCCGCAUAUGUACUUCCCCAACUCUACCAUUCGCCGGCCUACCAGCACCGAGCCGGAGAACUACGAAAUGAAGCCCCGAGGUGACCACACAUGGUCCACGGCCGUAUGA